UUGUUGUUAUCAAAGAGGAUCCAGAACCACCGCCAACACCACUUCAAGACAGAGUUGAAGAUACAUUCAUAGCCAUGACGUCGUUACCGCCAUCUAGUGUGCGAGAUGAUAAUUACCAGUAUAUCGGUAUGCGGUUAGAAUCGGUCGUUCAGGACAUGUUUAAAUACAUCGAGAACAAGAUUGCCACAGAAGAAUAUGGAUACGAUCAUGGUCAAAAGUUGAGUAGCUAUGAUGGAGAUAAAGACAACCGCCUCGUAUUUCUGUUGGAGAGUCUCCCAGCUGUUGUCCAUCCUGUCAUCCUGUUACGGCUCUGCCAACAUCGUGUCUUAGGCAGUUCCCUUUCUUCCCGGGGCAGAAGAGCGUCUUCUCGCUCGAGCAUGGGCUCUAGAGAAAAUCGUAGUCGGGCCAGUUCAGAAGGGACCGAGGAAGGGCUGCGCGUUCGUAGGAAAGUCAACUUGACCAUUGACUGUUCCUCGACUUCUCUUUCCCCUUCCAGACUGGACAUCACAAGAAGGGAGUCGGUCCAAAGUAAUCUGAUUGCCCCCAGGCUACUGCGGAGAGAACCGAUGUAUACGGUGCUGACAAAUUCGGCAGAUAAGCACACAGAUAAAGAAACACCAAUCCCAUCUCCAACUCACCAGCGUAAUCAGAGUUUUCACCUUUCAAGCCUGAAAAGAAAGAAGUCCAAAGUCCACUCGGCGACCUUUUCUGCUUCCCAGCCGGACACGAGCGAGGCCGAUAUAAUGGCCUUCCAGCGGGAGCUACAAAAUCUUCCGAACUUUGAUCUUGAG